AUGGAUGAUAGUGAAGAAGGAGUUAAAGCAAAAAAAGCUAAAUAUUUUUGUACUGAAUUAUUUAGAAAAGAGUUAAAAGGGAGUGAAGCUUUAAAAAGUCUUAAAAAAUUUAUUUCUGCCGCUCGAAAUGAUGAAGAUUUAAUUUAUGAAUAUAUGAGUAAAGGAGGUUCUUUAUCAGAAAUACUAUCAUUAAUGGAUGGUACUGCCACAGGAGAUUUGACUACUGCUCUACUUGUAUAUGAAGCAGUCAGUUUAAUUUUUUUAAGAUUUCAUUCUUCAGAUUCAAAGUAUUAUCAACAAUGCAUGGAAGCAGCUAAUUCUAUUCUUAGUACACAUUUUCCAAUAAUACAAUCCUUAUUAGCUAUGAAUACAAACAAACAUAAAAAGGUUGCUUUAAAACUACUUACUGAGAUGGUGACUUUACACUCAUCAUUUGCUUGUGAAGUUUUAAAUUUAUUUUCACCGUCUCUAGCAUCGAAAGCGGAAUUAGUAGUUCAUUCUCAUGAAAAAGAAUCAGUUAGAAAAUAUUUUAUUUUAUUUGUCCUUUCUUUUCUAGUAGAUGGAAAUCUUACUGUAUUGAAGACAUUAAUGGACAGUAAAGGGUUUUUAAGUAUGAUUAUCCCUGGAAUGAAAUUUGACGAUGCUUCAACAAUUAAUUUAAUUCUUUCAUUAAUAGAAAAUAAGAUUAUAAAAAAUGAUAAAAUUACAAAAUCUUUAAAAUUAAAAGUUUUCAAUACUCAGAUUGUAAAAUCAUUAUUUGAUUUAUUUGAUUGGAAAGGGCCUCAAGUCUCUAAAAAGUAUAUUGCAGGGAUUAAGAAGAAACACAGUGUGGAAGAAAUAAAUGAAAAAGAGAAAUUAAUGGUAGUUAAAAGUGCACAUUCGUUUCUACUGUUACUUUGUACAUCGAAAAAAUAUGGAGUUGCAUUUUCCGAUAAAUCUUUAGGUACAACAAACACUACAAACAAUCAAUUAUUACUUUCAGUUUUGAGUCUUUCUGAUCCAUUAAGCAAUUCGGAAACAGCUGAAAUAAUUUUGCAAACACUAAUAAAUUGUCCUGAUUUAAUUAGUCCAACUUUGCAUAAAUUAGAGCCAUUUUUUUUACCAAGGGAUUCAAAAAAUUGGUUUGAAGCGAUAGAUUUUGCAAAAAGAUUAAUUGAAGAAUUAAAUGUUGCUCAAUUGUUAUUAAAUGAAAGUGAACAGUCUUUAAAUUUUAUAUCUAAAGUAAUUAAAACAUUAUGCACACCAAAAACUUUAGUUCGAAUUGCUCAAACUGGUAUUGAGAAUUCUCAGUCGAUACAAGUUCGUAUGUGGUCUCUUAGAUUGUUGUUGACAAUGUUUGAUUCUGCUCAGAGAGUUAUUACAGUUUUCCAAACUGAUCAUACCGGAUUAAAAAAAUCAGUUUACGGUUUUAUCUCUAAGUUUUUGCCAAGUGUCGACAAUGUAGUAGAAUUAUGGAACACCAUAUGCUGUAAUGAUUCCUCAAUUGGUUUAUCGUCUGAUGACAUACCUAAUUUUUUACCAGUCAUUUUAAAAAUCAUUCAAAUGAUUAUCGAAUGCAAAAAAAAUUCUAUAGAAUCAAUUAUUGACUUAAUAUCUAACUUACUAAGCAGUUUGAAUAAAAUUAAAGAUAUGGUUGAUGAGAAUACUUUUAUCGAUGUGCAGUCAGAAAUAGUAUUAUUCGCUGAAAAGGAUCUCGAGUUAUUAUCCUCCAAUAUGGAUUUAUUUAAAACUUCGCUCUCGAUUUUACUUCAUUCUUCCAAAGAUAAUUCUUUAUCUUUCUCUUGUAAAAUUUUGUCUACAUUAAAUUUUUUUAACGAAAGUAAAAGGGAAGUGGAUAUUUGGUUGUUAAGUUUUCUAGAGGUUUCCCCAGCUCAUCGACAAGUUGUUAUAGAAAACAUAAUUAAAUCAGUGGAAUUGUGUUUAAAAGAAAAUAAUUCCUUGCAAGGUGAAUUAAUUGAAAAAUCGAAAACGGAACAAAUUUCAAUGUCGCCAUUUUUAAAUCAAUGCCUAAAUAUUUUAAAUGAUUAUCACGAAAAUUCGGAAACUGAUUCCGAAAAAAAAAACAUUUUUACACUGUACAUGUGUAACGCAUUACUCAAAUUUCAACACUGGUAUCCUGAAAAUGAUUUUUAUUUGUCUUGUAAACCAUUCAAGAAAAUUUUAGGAAAAAAUAUUAUAAAAUAUUUAAAAUGCUGGAGUGAAAAAACAUUAUCGUCGGAAAAUUUCGAUGUGUUCGUCGAUUGCCCGGAAAAAAAACUUUUGGCAUCCUGGCUCAUUGACGAUUCCAAGGAAUGGAAAAUUGAAAAAGUAUUUGAUAAAGAUUUUGACGUUUUGAAAUCGUUUGAAUAUUUUAAAUUAACACUGUCUUAUUUAGUGUGGAAAAUUAAUAAUGAUUGCCUUCUGGAGUGUGAUAUUGAGAAAUUUUCAAAAGCUUUGUCGUUUUUUUUAAAAGUCGACGAGGAUUUGAACUACACUAAUGGCGGUGUUUUAAUUUUUUACGAUUAA